AUGGCGAUUACAGAUUCUGUAUCCAGUCUAAUUUUGUUGCAGCUUGCAUCUUUGAAGCGAGGACUAAUUCACGAAACCCUUCGCUUUCGACAGCUUUUAGCAGAGUGUUUUGCUGCUGUAACAAUGUCGAUGUUUUGUUAUGCUCUUGCUGUGUAUGAUUCGCAGUGGCUCUAUCGAUUAGCUGCACAUCAGAUUGACGAUGUACAAUUUUUUUUGCUAUUCGGAGGUGUAGGCGAGAAGAAAUUGAAAGCUAAACCACCAGCGAGACCACCACGUCCCUCAACAUCUGCAAAAAAGUGCAGCCAGCAAUGUGUGAUCAACGCUGAUGUCUCGGUGGAGCCAAAUCUCCAUGUUAAGGUAGUAAUCUUACUUUACCAAUCUGUAGCUUGUGCUCACCGGAGGGAGAGAGUUGUAGGUCCCUCAACUUCUGCAAAAAAGUGCAGCCAGCAAUGUGCGAUCAACGCUGAUGUCUCGGUGGAGCCAAACACCCAUGUCAAGGAGGAGCCAUCGUGUACGACAGAAGCGAGCAACUCCACACUGCAUGAGCAAAUACUGACCAAGUGGGUGCCACCGGAAAGAGACAUUGUGCAUUUUCUUGCAGAUAAGAGUAUACCAAGUAGUACUAUGCAAGGUACGCGCGCUGAGUUCGAUUCGGAGCAUGGCUCUAUUUCGAGCAGUAUGAGUGAUUCGAAGGACUGCAAGUAUGCCUUUGUUGUGUUUUCUGUCUGGAAGAAGUGGAUGUAA